GGCGAGAUGGCUCAGUGGUUAGAGGACGGAUUUACUGACCGGAGAGUCUGUGGUUCGAACCCGAACUCUGUCUCUCGACUCCCCUUGUCUAUGCUUGGGCAACCUGCAGCCCUCGCCUUUCUUCGAGUCUAUCGGGACCCUGGAAUGUUCGCAUUUUGUGCCUUGGACGUUAUUUCUGUCCCGCCCUCACAUCAUCUCAUCAUGAAACUGUAUAGCGAUGACGGUCCUACCGCUGUCUGUGAAAACGCUCGUGACGAACUGUCGCUUACUGAUUGGAAGUUCCGUGGUUCGAACCCAACCUCCGCCUCUCGACUCCCCCUGUCUAGGCUUGGGCGACCUGGCAGUAUCCCAGCCCUCGUGCCUUCUUCGUGCGGCCUGGCAGCUAGGCACCGAAAGGGUACUACAGCUGGGCCGCCAGCACAUUCGGACACGAUGUUAACGAUAACAUUGUUAACAGCGGUACGAUCACCACUCGGUGAAACUCUGCUGGCUGAUCACAAAAGACUACGGGGGUCUGCAUCCGAUUGUAUCUUAUACAGCAGUGGACCAGCGCAAAAUGACCGUGAACAAGGCCUCAGAUUGGCAGUUGCAGGUGACAUCACUGUCAACAACACAAUUAUACCAGUAAUGCACACUGGCACUUGA